UUCCUUAAAUAUCCAUGAUGAGUCCUCUAUCUCUUGCCAAAAUGCCACGUGCGUCCACUUAUAUUGGUGCAUUCCUAACAACCUAAACAUUACAAAACGUAAAUUUGAUCAAAUAAGCGACACGUAGCAACUUAGCAAUUCUUUUUUUGUUGUUGAUCAAAUUCGACACUCUCUCGUUGACCUCCAUACCAAAAUUCCUCACUUCGCGGGCUUAUUUUUGUAGACAGAUUUUGUCUAUGUAAAACCUCUCGCCUCGUCUUUUCUUCUCUGAGAUGGGCCAGCCACUUGGACACGCAGUUCGAAAUAGACGUUCCCUCGUGCGUCGCCGCUUGGCUUGAGCUGUCGCUCCUUCUCUUCCUCUCGGGGAUGGUGAGGUGAUUCGGAGCAUGAGCAAUGGGACUGAGCUGACACAGAACCUAAACCCCAAAGCAACGCUGGACUUUCAGAACGCGGAGAAGAAGACGCUCGAAAUUUCUCGCAGUUUCAAGGAUGUUCUUCCCAGAUGUGCCUCCACCCAUCAAUUAUGCACUCGUGUUGGGAAUAACGUGUCUGACGGUCUUGUGCAAUUUCACCAAAAGUUCCUCUGAGUUUUCAGGUUACCUGUCCAACGUGUUGAGGAACUACACCGAGCAGGCGGGCGACGGCGACUUCCUGUCUGUCCACUGCCCGCCCCGCACCACCAUCGCUAUCCAAUCGGCUUUCUACGGCAGGAGUGGCCCCUUCCACCCCCAGCAGGGCCCGUCCUACCACAGACCCACCCUUUUAGGGACACUACCACUGGAGGACGACUUGCAUUGUUACAUGUCCACAGCACUACAGAAAAUGUUGGAUGAGUGCCAGGACAGGAGGAGCUGUAAGGUCCUUGUCAACAGUCGUCUCUUUGGGAUGGACCCGUGCCCCAGCAGCAGCAAACACCUCAUUGUGUGGUACAACUGCAGGCCUAAUGAGUAUAAGAGUAAGGUGGCGUGCGAGGAGGAGAGAAUGAAGCUGACCUGUAAACGGGGAAUGCAGAUCGCCGUCUACUCGGCCAUGUUCGGUCGAACCCAGCAGGGUACCCUGGAGUGUCCUACCCACCACAGGAGGGCGUCGUCCGUAGACUGCCAGUCGGGCGUGGCUCUCCAGGUGUUGACGACACGUUGUCAGGGGAAACAGAGCUGUUUCGUCCAAGCGUCCACGCAAGAGUUUGGGGACCCCUGCUACUCGGGCACCAGGAAAUAUCUCAGUGUCAUCUACGCAUGUGUCCCAAAGAAGUUGCUGCUGCAGGAGCCCAACCCCAGAGUGGCAGUGUACCCCCCGUCACCCAGUGCCCAUGACCCAAACGUGGUUGGAGACCGCGCCCUCCCUGAUGGGACCUCGGUCAUAACCUUGGAGUCUGUGCUCUCAGGAAAGAAGAAGCGAGGCAGGGAGUUUGGUUCCUACUCUAGGGAGGUGAAGACAAAUGAGGGAGGAGUGGAGGACAAAGCCCCCCGGCCGCCGGACAUGAACCCUGUGAUCAAUGCUACAACUGUCAGCACCGACAUGUCCCUUAUCAGUAGCUCACUGGCAGCCUUCAACUAUAUAGCAGACCACCCAGAGCGCGCGGCGCUCUACUUUGUGUGCGGCGUGUGCCUCGGCCUUCUCCUCACCCUGUUUGCUCUGGUGGUCCAGAUCUCGUGCCGCACCGACUGCCAGCCUCGCCGCCGCCGCCCCGGUACCACCACCAAGAACCGCCUGCGGCCCACCGACUCCUCAUCGGACUCCAGCGACUCAGACUCGGACUGGGAAACCACGUCGGAUCUAUCCGCGCGCCGCCACCGCCGCUUCGAGCGCACGCUCAACAUGAACGUGUUCACGUCUGCGGAGGAGCUGGAACGGGCACAGCGGCUGGAGGAGAGGGAGAGGAUCAUACGAGAGAUCUGGAUGAACGGUCAACCCGACAUACCCGGGACGCGUAGCCUCAACCGCUAUUAUUGAGGCAAGAACGUAAAUGAACCACUACUAGAUCUAGAUGAACCCGGGACGCCGAGCCUCAACUGCUAUUAUUGAGGACCGUAAAUGAACCGCUACUAGAUCUAGAAAGGGGGCUGUGAAGGUUGGAGUGCAGUACUUGAGAUGGGAUGUGUAGGACCACAAAAACACACUAGGGUUUGGGGAUGGGGGGGGAGGGACCCCACCACCGGACCUGGUUUUCGGAGGUGUGCAUGAUAACAGGACCACUUUGGACUGUGGGGGUUUGGAACCGCACGAUGGAACACAGUGACGCUUGCAGACCAGGAAGGAUAAAUAUCCCCCUCUGUCUGUCAGUCUGUGUCCGUGUGGGCACUGUAAAGCAAAAAAAAAAAAACUCUGUUAAUGCAGUGAGAAUAAGCUCCUACUUCUCAGCAUGGUAAGCUUGACCCGGAGCCUGCCUCUCAUUGGUGGAGGAUGAAGGUGAAAGGUCAGCUAACUGCACUGCCUCACAUUUUACCUCAUCGCACCCUCCUGAAGUGGAGGAUCUUGAGAUACUGAGACUAUGAAGCCUGAAAGGUCAAAGGUGACUUAAGGACAGUUGCCAAUGUUACUCCAGUGUUGCCUAGUGGAUAUUGAGAAUUGGGCAAAUCUGAAAGCGUGCAGCUUGCUUUAUGCUCACUCACCCUCCAGUAUUGAAAUGGUCGAAUGGCUUUAGGAGAGGCGUAACACUUACAGUUGAAAGGACAUCGUGACACUCAAAGUGAAACUUACAGCGUGACACUUACAGUGGGACAGUGGACCAACAACGUCACAAUCUUUAAGAGGAAAAUGACCAUGGUCAACCAACGCUGUCUUUUGAACUUUGAACCCAAAAUGUGUCUUUUUUUAUUCUUCUCAAACAUUUUAUGAAAUCUAUUUUAUAUAAUAUUUAAUAGUUGUAUUGUUGUGUAUUUUUGUCUUUACGGUUAUUAUUAUGAGAUAUUUUUAUACUGCGGUUAUCAAAACUUGUCUGGCACCUCAGGGAUGCAAUCCUAGGGGAGUCCAAAAUGGCACCCUAUUUCCUUUAUAGUGCUCUACUUUUGGCUGGAACCUUUUAAGGGUCUGGCAAAUCACUGGCUAAAAUUAGUGCACAACAUAGGGAAUAGGAUGCAGUUUUGGGUGUAGCUCCUAGCGUUUCUGUGUAUGGUAGUUUCUAUUUGUUUCUUAAGAAGAGGAUUGGGGCCCGAAUUCAUUAAGCUUCUCAUUGUAGGAGUGCUGAUCUAGGAUCAGGUCCCCUAUGUAAUCUGAUUCAUUAUGAUAUAAAAGGCUAAACUGAUCCUAGAUCAGCACUCUUACUCUUGAGUCACUUCAUGAAUACAGUCAAUACUAUACAAUACUCCAGAUGUGUCAGCAUUUGAGCAUUGGGCCAGUAACCGAAAGGUUGCUUUUUAGGAUCCCCGAGCUGACAAGGUAAAAAUAUGUCGUUCUGCCCCUGAGCAAGGAAGUUAACCCACUGUUCCCCAGGCGCCGAAGACGUGGAUGUUGAUUAUGGCAGCCCCCCCCGCACCCCUCUGAUUCAGAGGGGUUGGGUUAAAUGCGGAAGACAUUUCAGUUGAAUGCAAUCACUUGUGCAACUGACUAGGUAUCCCCCUUUCCCAUUUAUAAAAUAAAAAAACACCAUGUAAAACACCUCGAAGAGGUCAAGUGAUUUAAUAAGCUUAUUUUUUAUAUGUUUUAAUAUGCACAGUGCAGUGGCCUACCUGGCAACAAGGAUGUCUAUUGGUGGAGAAGGUAACCCAGUCAAGCUGUUAUAUUACAAUCCAUCAAUGAAUUGCAAUAAUCUUUUUCUCACUUUGUCAAACAGCCUUGUGUGUGUGUUGUCCACAUGAAAUUGGCGAGGCUGGCCCUAGAUCAGUUUUGUCAUGCCAGUGGCCAUAGGACUUGUCAAGACAGCACAAAAAGAUCUAGGACCACAGGCAAGGAAAUGGCUACAGAACAAAAUCCUGUUAAUUUGCCUACCAGUGAAAGAGCUUCCUAAAUAUUACUGUGGUCAUCACUACUAGGGUUAACCCUCACGUGACACUGUUGGGCUAUCUGUCAGGUAUUAUUGUAAUGAUCAUGUUGUUAAUAAUAUAAGCUAUUAUCAAUACAGUUCAGUUGCACUGGGUGAACCGUAGGAAUCAUGGUUUACCAGAAGAAGUUUGGGAUUUUCUUGCAUGAGAGGUGAAAUGAGAAGGCAGUGAAGAAUCUUUACUCCAACUGCAAUCCAUUAUGUUUUUUUUUAUUGAAAAAGCUUGUGUUUCAGUUUGAAUGGGACAUAAAAUAUGCCAACACAAUAGCUGGUAAGUGAGACCAAAAUAUGACUCCUGUGCUUGGAAUAAACUGUGUUGAAAAUAA